UUUCUUAAUAUGUUUGGGAAAAUCCCGCAACAAUGAUUAACCAGUCCACUUGUGAACUGAGUUUUUAGCUGUGAUUGGUUUCUGUGUUUUAUUCCUUCACAAAAUGUGUGUGAGAUAUCUACUAUGUUUUCUCCUGGGUUUGCUUCCUGGAGUGCUUUAUGCUCAAAGUGCUGCUCAGUCCUGUUCUGCUCCCAACCUGGAUGGGGGCUACUUUGUCCCAGAGCAAGCCGCAUAUUCCCAUGACACAACACUGACAUAUGCCUGUGAUAGAGGACGCAAACCUGCCGCAGAGGGGUGGUGGGCUACGAGCACAUGUCAAAAUGGAAAAUGGUUGCCUGAACCCCAAUGUAUAGACGCAAAUGGCUGCCUUCCUUUGACAAUCCCACAUGGAGAAUACACAGAAGACUCUGAUGGCUGGUUUAAGGAGGGGGAAAAAGAAAGAGUAAAAUGUAAUGAGGGAUUUUAUCUGAAAAACUGGGAUGCCACAGCUGUUUGCUUGAAUGGAACCUGGACUUCUGUGCCCAUCUGUGAGAAGAGUAUCACUGCAUGUGGGGAACCUCCUAAAAUCCCACAUGCUGUGAUUGUUGGUCAGAAAUAUAAGGAGGUGUUUGCUGCAGAUUCAAAUGUGCAGUAUGAAUGUGAAGAGGGAUACACCGUAGAAGGAGAAGAAAGCAAAAAAACAAUCAUCUGCAUAUCUGGAAACUGGACUGAAGGCCCAACAUGCAGAGCAACCAGACCAGAAAGUGGAUCGGGUGGAUCUACAGUUGGAGGCAGCCGACCGGGUACUGGACAUGGCGCUGCAGGAGGGGGAAGCACUCCAUCUGGUGGCAGUGCAGUGCGGCCUGUGCAUCUCACAUACUGUGGAAAUUCUCCAACAGUUCCAAAUGGUGAAGUUUUUCAAUCUACUGAGUUGUUUUUGAAGUACCAAUGCAAUCACUAUUACAAACUGGAGGGUCCAGCGACUGUGUAUUGUUAUAGCAAUGGCUUAUGGUCAGAAAAACCCACCUGCAGAGUUGCCUUCUGUACUGUGAACACUGAUGGACACCCAGAUUUGGUUCCAGUUGGAGUACAAUUCAUAAAAGAGGGAGAAGAAAUGGAGUUUCGUUGUGUGGAUAAGUGGAGCUUUACUAAUUACGCUGUGGGCCGGUGCAUGAAAGGAAGACUUUGGUUAUCCAGAUGUUGUAACAGGGGGCAAAUAACAUUUGGUGUGUGUUAAGGCUGUACCACACAGGGGAAGAUAACACUGCAGCCUCUGGAUUUUUCAACCCGUUGUUUUGCAAAAAUACCACCCAGGAGACUUUCUGAAUAAUGCACUUACACACUGCUAGGUUUCACAAACACAUCUCUGCCUUUUCAUAGUAAUCCACACAUGCCAACUUAAACUGAGCAGCAUUUUUGACUGCAAAAAACAUAAAUGAGAGGUUUUUUUGAUGAACUGGCCUCAAUAAACUCUUCUUGAAUAUAUAAUGUUUGGCUUUUUUUAGAGAUCUUGGCAGGGUCACAUCAUCAGUAUAUAAACAAUGUUUUUUUGAACUGAAUUUAUUGGUCAUUAAUGCUGUUUUAAAAGAGAGCGGUUUCGAACUGUGUGGUAGUAAAUCUAUGCAGCAAUAACUGUGCAAAUAAAAAAUAAAGAUUCAUUUUCAAAACAA